UUGGACAUGGCUGACAGAUGAAAAGUGCGAUGAGAUGCACCCUACAUGUUCACGCUGUGUGAAGACGAAUAAGAAAUGUGUUGGGUACCGAGAUCAAUCGGAUCUUAUGUUCCGUGACGAGACUACCCGAACCCAGACUAGAUUCCGUCAAUGGGAGACACGCAACCGAGGCUCCGAUUCUACAUCAGCAAGCACCACAUCGCUAUCCCUUUUGCUUGCAAGGGCUUCAAAAUGGAUGUACGAUAAUUGCGUGACCCCGGUUGAUGGACUAUUCCCACCGAUUCAAGAUGUGGUGGUAUGCUACUUCUAUCAUAAUACACUGGGAACUAUAUCGGACAAAGACCCCGUACACUCCCUUCAUUCACAGCUGCCGAAUCUCUACUCCAGAAGCGAUCUGGGCUCUGCCUUACGCUUAGCGACAGAGGCAAUAUCAUACGCUACUUCUACGAAGCUAAUGCAGGAAGCAGCUCUGCUAUCCAGGAAACGGUACAUCCAAGCCAUUAAAGCAAUUGGAAAAGCUAUUCAAGAUCCCCAAGAAAUGGUAAAUGACCAGACAUUAUAUGCCAUUCUUCUUCUUAGUGGCUAUGAGACUAUAUCCCGAGAUCCAGAUACAACACAAUCAUGGGGCGCCCAUGUUGACGGAGCUGCGGCUCUUGUCAAGUUUCGUAGCACCAUUGAAGCGCACUCGCCCCUAUCACGCAGCAUGUUUGGCUUUGUUCGGAAGAGCGUUGUCAUUGGUCAUAUGCAAAUAUGUCGGCCGAUUGAUGAAAUCUUCUGUGCAUCAGAUGUGACCGCAUCCUCAGACAAGAGUCCGGAAGAUCAACUCAUGGCAAUGGCGGCCAAGAUACCCAACCUCCAGUACCGGAGCAACUGCCUGUUCACUCAAACGCAGGACGCUCGCACAGGCGACGUUGAGGAUCUGUUUUAUCGUGCUAGGGCUCUAGAUCGUGAGAUAGCAGAUUGGGCACGCACUCUUCCCACGACCUGGUCCUACUCCGCUGCUGUGAAUAUCGAUAACAUGACAAACUCAAAAUUCACCCCAUGUCAGAUCCAUAGAUACCCUGAUUUCUACAUUGCUCGCGUUUGGAAUUUCUAUCGUGUGUCACGGCUUAUUUUGCAGUCAGUACUCCUCCGUGCAACGUCCUGGAUGUCUAUCUCAACGGACCUGAACGAAUUCAGCGACGAGAGAAAACCCGAGGGAAGCAGUAUAGAGUUAGUAAACGACAUAUGCGCAAGCGUCCCUUUUCUCCUGGGGCACGACUUAUCAAAGAUGAAGGUUGUUGCCAAAGGCGGAAGGAUAAAGCAGGAGAGAACGAGCGGGUCCAGGGUCAAAAAAAGCGGCUCAACACAUACGGGAAGAUUUUCGCUGAUUUGGCCCCUCUAUGUUGCGUGUAGCGCUUCGUCAGUACCAGAAGCUCAAAGAGACUGGAUGCAUAUGCAACUACGGCUUCUGGCGGAGCACGGUGAGACUGAAGCACAUUUUGCAUGUUUCAAGAAGAGCCAGAUACUCUUGGGCGGGGCCGACGAUGUUCGAUUUGACUGUGUGUAA